CGGGACUCCAAAGUCAAUGCAUGUUUGCUUGAAUCGCAAAAGAGAGGAUACAACCUCCUUUUGUACCUUUUUGGAAAUUGGAUGUCUUUGGCCGCUUCCUUUCUCGUGUUGUGCAUCGUAUAGUGAAAUACCCGCACGAUCUUGGAAGAGUGUCGGCAUUAUCCUGGCGGUUGGCGGGGUAAGAUCCGAGAUUGAGAAGCGGAUGCCAUUGCUAAAUUUGCGAAUUAGCUACUGGAUGAUGCAACUACAGUAACUUAUAUAGUAUAUAGUAUAUGGUUUAGAUAUACAAUAUCUCGGUCCAAUCUUGGCGCCAGGGGGGGAAUAGAAUGGAGUGGCAAACAUACCUUCCCAUGUCCACAACGCCAUGGUAGUAUCUGUUCACUCCCUUCGAUAGGAUCUGCAUAUCUGGUGUUAAUCAAUCCCAGCGUAGGACAGGGCCUUGUCCUUGAUAUCUCCUCUUAGUUUAUCUGGCAAGUUGAAUUUAGAUACCGUGUAUGCAGAGCAGAAUGAGCUGUUGAUAAAAGCUGAGUUUGCAACUUUCAAGGGAAUUGUUCAAAGUCGUCAGCGUCACUGCCCCACCACCAUAUUAAUAGCAGGUUUGCAGCACAGCUCCCUCUCGCUUUCCAGGAGCUGCCGGUUUGCAAGCUGACAUCCAAUUCCCAGACAUCCUUUCGACAUCUGUAAGGCAAAGUCAACAGUGACUGAAAAAUAGGCGACUGUCAUGCUCGAGUCUCAUUCGUUCGUAUUUCCACAUCCCGUGCAUGGUGAACUUCUCUUACAGCGAUCAGCUCCAGCCACUCAUACUAGCUUCUGGUCAAUCAACCAUAGGGAGCACUUUUUACUCUUUACGCUGCGUACUCCAAGACGGAUCCCACUCAAAGAUUUGAUUUCUCAUUGGAAUAUUACUGUGAAUUGUCGGUAGAGAAAUCGCACUAAUUGAGCCUAUGUUGAAUCAUUUAUACCAGAUGCUGCAAUAUCUACACAUUAUUAUUGAACAGAGUUCUAAUAUCACAGAUACACGCAUAGUAUAUAUAUACAUAUAUAUUGUAUCGUACAACUUUUUGGAGGCUGAAAAGCAUAAAUGCCAAGACAAUUUCACGUGAAUCGUAAACUAGCCAGCUUAGACUAGUGUGCUCUUGGCAGGGAUCAAUUGCUUAAGAUCCAAGAUCGCAAUCAAAUAUCGCGUUGGUCGCGUCCAGCAUCGAUCACUCCCUUCCAGUAUCCCCAGAGCCGUCGCAAGGGACUUCUCAAAUUAUCUUGCUAUUGUCACAUGACGGCUCGCGCUUACUCUACUUUGUGAGGUUUCAUUAUCAGAUCCGCCUGAAUGAGCAGGCAAAGUGCAGCCGCGAGGAUGGCUGAUCCAGCGGGAGGGGUGCCGCAACAGCUGUUGCCCCAUAUGCACCUCGUUUCGAACUAUCGGUAUCCCGUGAUGAACAACCUGUCCCACGAUACCGCCGUCGAAUACCUCAUAUCUGCUCCUAAGGUUGUUCGAGAGCUCCAGACCGUGCAUUGGAUGUUCCUUGAUGGCCCGCCUGACGGGACCGUGAUGCUCGUCUGGCAGCCCUUGAAUCAUUUGGGAACGACUUUCGCCAGCGAUGGAUAUGUGUGGGCUGAUGCUGAGCUGCUCUACAGCACGGAAAUAAGAGGCUACAAUUUGGAGUUAUAUCUUCAACGUUGCGGAUACCAUCCCCCCAACGAACAGAUAGCUACACAUUGCCGAAAGCGGUACCGCCUUACCCCAACCAAAAACCCCAAUGCGAACGUUCUGCCAUGCGAUCCGUCGUUAUGGAUAAUUCACUAUUCCAAAGCGCCCGCCGGAGAUCAUAUACCUUCGAAUCAGAUUCCAGCCACGCUCCAGAUGCAGAACAUCCUUGCCCAAAGACGUUUCCUUCAAAGCCAGGGACAACUUGUGCGCAAGGACUUCAUGCUUCACGACCGAAACAGCUGGCCUACCAUCAACCUCCCCUCACAAGUGGGACAACAAAACUUUGCGCAACAAGGCGCACCUUACACCAACCCCCUUCUAAGCCGGCAGCAAUCUGGCCCAUUUUACCAACCACAACAAGGACAGAACUUACCAGGCCCUCAAAGUAAGCAGUCAAGAUCCAGCCGCACCGCCACCGCCGCAGCAGCUAUGGCAAGCGCUGCUGCAGGGGAUUAUUCGCUGGAAGAAGAGGAGGUCUCCACAGGAGACCUGUUGGAUACUAUUACUCCAAGGGAUAUCAGCAAGAUGAGAUAUCGCCAUCACCACGAAUGGAUGGAUGAAAUUUUUGGCUCCCCUUACAGCGUAAAGCAAAUUAUGCCAGUGGAUCUAGGAUUGGGUCGGAAAGGAGAACUUGAAUCUUUAACGUCUGGGUUCUUUGAUGCUCCUACGGGGCCGUCUCUUACGCAAAAAGAACUCUCCGCUCCUCGCUCGACUGGGAAGAUGGAGCCUGGCAAAGCAGAGGACUUUACCCACGCUGCUAAUCGCAGGAUUUCUGAAAUCACUGGAGAGAUUGAAAAAAUGAAGCAAAAGCACGCGAAGAGACUGGAAAAGAUGAAACGAAUCACACUCUUGAAGGAAGCCGAACUGGCGCUCCGUGAUGCUUACAUUGACCCCGAAGACGUGGGUAACGAGUUUUGGAGAGUUGAGGGCCACUUGGAUAUCUCCGCGAGAGAAGAGUCCCCUCAGAUUGAGUAUUCCGAUAAUCGCCCAAAGACGAGGGUUGAUGAUAUCAUCAGUAACCUCGAGAAAACCUUGGGGAAAUCGAUCGUGCCCGUUACGGAAGUUUCCUGUAUUGAGGAAGGGGGUCUUCAGAAAAGAGUCGCACCACCCCAAAUCCCUAGUAGCGCCGCUGUGAGAGACGUUGACAUGGGCGACGCCGGCAUCAGCUUACCUGGGGAAGCAGCUGAUUCCGCGCAGCAGCAACCAUCAGGCGGUACCUCAGCAGGUCCGGUGCCCGCCCCUGUAACUGCUCCAACCGCUCGGCAGACUAAGGAUGAAAAAGCUUCCACUCUUCCACCAGCUACUCAAACUGUGUCUGCAUCAGGGCCAUCAUUUCCAUCCGAGCCUUCCAAACCAGGUCCUAGUGUUGAUGUCGAGAUGGGUGGGAUUGAGGUUGCAAAAGCUCAUCCCACUACCACCACCGCAGGAGGCCAAGUAACGGGCGAAUCAAUGGUCAACAAGGAAGAGAAUGCGGCGCCGCAGGAUACUAGUGUUAAUGUCGCUGCCGCUAUAGAAGAACCGUCUACCACUACAGAAUCAACGAGCGCAGGAGCAGCAGCAACAGCAGCACCGAUACUAGCACAACCGCCAGCAACUACAACUACAACACCAGCAGCAGUAAGUGGAGCCGACACACCAAUCAGUGGAAUCCAAGGAUUAACCCCGGCGGCAAAUACCGACCUAGGCGAAGCCAGCGCGCUAGAAACAAGUAAUUUUGACGAUGCGACUGGAUUCGGCAAUAUGGAUUCUGCCGGCGAUGCGCUGGCGGCGUACAGUGAGCAAAACGAUGAGCUAGGGAUGGGGGACCUUGAUAAUUCCGCAUUUGGGGAGGCUUUCCAUGCGUCGGAGGCGGAGCGUGAGCAGCCGCGGGACAAUGAAAAUGAGACCGGAGAGAUUUCAUGAUUUCAUUUCAUAGAAUUUCUUUUUUGCCGGGAUGGGGAUUUUCUCAUUGUUGGUUGGGAUCUCUGCGCUUUUAUGUAUGAAUAUGAAAAUGAAAUGGGUGUGGAGUAUUUUCGUUCCGUUUUAUUCAUUUGCUUCGCUCUCUCGAUUCUUCUUGUUUAAUUUGUUUUGAUAUAUACCUUUUUAUGUUUUGUUGCAAAAAUAAAUGUCCAGGGUGAAGGUAUGGUAUGGGGGUGUUUAAGGUCUAAUCUUUUUUCAUCUUCCUCGCUUUAUAAUUAUUUCAUUUCUACUUACUAUUUAUUAUCUUUGUGGCAUUAUUUUCACGCAUUUUGCGAUGUUCUCUUCAACCUCAAUACAAUACAUCUUUAUAUUACCA